GACCUGGCGACUAAACGGUCAUGGACGCUACAGGCUCAUGACAUGGGGGAGAUACGGCAUAUAUAUGAUGGCACUGGAUCAAUGUCCAACUAUGGUAUUCGAACCAAUUACUGUGCCCCAUGUGACGUACAUGUACAUACACCUGUACAUCACCUGCCUGUCAAGUGCCAUGAUAUCAUUAUGUUCAUGCUGUUGUAAUAAAGCUUUGGGGCUUUAUGUUGAAUUCUUAUGUGUUUAACAGUACCAUGUUUUAUUUUUACUUGUACUUUUCAGAUAUAAGCCUCUGUAGAGACAUCCACUGACAAAAAGUAAAAAGACAUCCAUGUUAACUACGAUUUGACAAUGCUUGUGAACAGGUGGUAGGGCACGUUACUGAUACCGAUACCUGUAUGUACAUUACAAACUACAUACACGUACCUUCAGGCAGUACAGUAAUUCGUCACCACAACGCAGGCACGCCUUCAGUUUAGGAAUGCAUGCAAGAAUAUUGUGCAACCACAGUUACAUUUUGAAAUACUACCAGACGUAAAUUCUUCUUUCGAGUGCUGAAAGUAAGUAACAUUUGACAAGAUGGCCACCAAGGCACAUGAUGUGGAGAGCAUAGUGGACGACUUUCGUUAUAGCACCAAUGUGGCAACAGCGCAUGUCUCCAUCCGCUUAGGAUUUCUACGCAAGGUUUUUGGCAUUCUCAGCACGCAGCUCUUGGUGACAACCGUAGUGGGUGCCAUCUUCAUGUAUACAGAUGGAGUCAAGGCUUACGUUCAGAGCAGUCAAGGGAUGCUGAUCGUAGCCUACGUGUCUUCCAUCUUCCUCCUCUUGGCCUUGUUUGUCAAACGCAGAGAAUCACCAACCAACAUGAUCCUUCUAGCUCUCUUUACUCUUGUGGAAGCCUACAGCGUGGGCACCAUCGUGACCUUUUACAACAAGGGCGUGGUGCUAGAGGCUUUCACCCUGACGCUGGUGGUGACACUUAGCCUGACGGCCUACACCAUGCAGAGCAAGAGAGACUUCAGCUCCUGGGGUGCAGGUCUGUACUCUGCCCUGCUGAUCCUGAUAGUCAGCGGCCUGCUGCACAUCUUCCUGCUGCACAGCGACACCCUGGAGUUCCUCCUGGCCAUCUUUGGGGCGCUCCUCUUCUGUGCCUUCAUCGUCUUCGACGUCCACAUGAUGAUGCACAAGCUCUCGCCGGAGGAGUACAUCCUGGCCUCCAUCAACCUCUACCUUGACAUCUUGAAUCUCUUCCUGCACAUACUGCGCAUUCUUGGGGAGGCGCAGAAGAAGUAGAUGUGCAUUGGCCGUUUGUCGCUGACGCUGUUUUCAGUUGCAAGUGUCUCAAUUUAUUUUUCUGUUUUUAUAUUUGGUUCCUCCUUUGUACAAAUCAGAAAGCUACAAAACACAGUGAUAUAUGGUGCAUGAUGCAUCUUUUCUUUUUGUCAUCAUUACAGAGGGCAAAGUUUUGACGGAAAAGGUGCUUAGACAUCAUUGGCUGUUCAAACUGCCACACGUCUGUAAACGUAGCAUUGCCUUUUGUGCAGUGCCAAAUUUAUCUGCCUUAAUCAGAGCACAGUACUGCCAGAAGGAAACCGAUUCCAUUCAGACCGUUUCUCUACUUCAGUCUGUGAUGUGACCACAGUUUGACCAUGAUGUGACCAACCAGUGCAUGCAUUUGUUUUGGAAUAGAUGAUGGCAAUGGAAGAGGUCAUCGUGUUAGCCUCUGCAUGAGUUUACAGGAAAAGGGAACUGAAGUAAAAGAUUAUGUUGUAUAUCUCAUUUCAGCUUUCACUUUGAACGUUUCAUUUAAAUCAUUUGGAUUUUUGUUUCACUUUUGCUUUUGGUUUUCCAGUUUGUAUGUUGGGGGUGGUCCAAAUUGUUUGGCAAGGUUCUUUCCAUGUUUAAAGGUCUUUCCUCAAAACUGGCCAAACAGAAUACUCCAGGUAUCCAAGAGAUCAUGGCACUAUCUUAAGGACUCUGUUGGAAAAUCCAACUCCACAAGUGACUUGAUAUGACACCCCCCCCCAAGUCAUCUGAAUUGUACAUGUACUGCUGCAAAUGGGCGUGGGUUUCAAGGGAAUAAAUGGGGCAUUUACCACAAUAAUGUUAAGAGGAAGGUUCAGUUUAGAAGUGUACAGGCUUUAUUCAGGUGUAUGUAAUACAAAGCAAUUCAGCGAUAUAUCUUUUUUUUAAUACACAUUUGAGGUGCAGGGAUGAUGUACAUGUACAAGUGUUACGUACAAAUUUAUCUUGCAAAGCAGAAAGGAUUAUUUAAGUAUGUUGAAGAAAUAAAGGUAUUCCUAUUUUUGCAACAGGUACAGAGUUGAAACAAAGGAGUAGUUACACUGAAAAUAGAUUUUUGCAUCCAUGCAUUUCAAAUGCAAUCAUAUCUUGUCCUGAUGUAUGACUUGCGGUCUGCUUUGGAAAUCUAACACUUGCAGCCGAUUUCACAAGACUUUGUGUAACGUCACACCAAACCUUACGCACUAAGUGUAUUUUAAGUCCCUGACUUGCGCAACAAGUUAUGGUGUAACAUGCACAAUCUUUUUAGGUAGCUUAAGUUGUGCUGGACCUAUCAAAAUGAAUGAUUUGACAAACUCAUGUUCAGUUAUGGCUCAUCGUUGCUGAACUUACAAAGGCAACAUAAAACUUUUUGGGCUGUGGGAGAACUUUGAAAUUUUCUGUCCGGUUCCAACGAAGAAAAGACGAAAACUUUUUCAUAAUGGUGGGCAGAGGUAAUUCGUCGACUUUUAAUGACUGUUGUAAUAUUGCAAAGGACUAACUGUCAUAAAAGCAAUGACUGUCCUCAUCCAAGAAAUUUAAUAUAAUUCAAAUGUUCUGCAGCUUAGCAACAUUUCCUGAAAUGAAACGUAAGUAUAUUGUGCAGCUACAGCACAAAUUUGUGGCACAAGGCUUACACAUGGGUCAAAGUUAUGCCUCAUUUUGUGAAAUCAGCUGCUGCAUACAUUAUAGUGUAGUUGUUUCUAGGAUAUGAAACGGAAAUAUGCUGCUUGAAUCCCCAUUUCAAAUUUUCACUACACAAACCCGUAGAUAAUUUGAAUGAAUUAAAAAGUGGCAAGUGAGAAAUUUUAAAUCGAUAUGAAAGUAGGCGCAAUGUUUAAAACAACUGUUUCAAAGGGAAAAUUAUAAGUGCUGUUUCCCUUCCAACAGGAUGUAUUUUGAAUUGUUUAUACAGUGGCCUCAUCCCUCCUCAGAGUCAGACAUUAAAGAUCCCAGAAUGAACAUCUCAA